UUCCCCUCUUGGCUGUGAAGUGUGCAACAUUCGAGUGCUUUAUCACAACGCAGAGAAAAAAAACACAUUCACCGUUGGUCUUGUUUGCUGUGUGUUGGUUGCUGAAGGAGCCUAGUUAUCGUGUUGAGCCCGUGUUACCAUGGCUGUGUGGGGCAGGAGCCCGUUAUUGCUGGCGAUUCCUCUGUGGAUGAGUUUUGGGAGAGCUGCCGCUGGUCUUGCGGAGCCACAGAUCUGUUACAUUCUGGAUGGGAUCCUGUUUUUGUACGGCAUCAUCCUGACGGCUCUCUACUGUAGAAUCAAGAUCUACAAUGCUAAGGAGGCUGAAGCUGGGAAAGGAAAGCCCAAGCAGAAUGUUGAAGAGGGCAUCUACACGGGUUUGACUCCUCACGCACAGGACACAUAUGAAACUAUUGGCAUGAAAAAAUGAGGUGGUGCGCCAAGGCCCAAGACAGAUCAUUUCCUUUAAAAACUUAUUUUUGUAUUUAAAUAUUGCAUAACCUUCCCUGCUUGUAUUUUUCAGAGAAUGUGAGACUGUGUUCAUUUCCCUUUUGCUCGCAAUUUAUGGGAAGUUAAGAAGGACGAGACAGAAAGUUUUCUUGCUUACUUUCUUGUUAUUUUUAAAGCUCUGUUGCACAUAUUUAAGUUUUACGCAAACAUAUUUUAAUAACUGUGGUGCCUCAGAGACAUUUUGUAUUGUAAUACUUAUAAAUUAAAUGAUAUAUUUCUCGUGUAUAGCUGAUGUACUCAGGCCUCCUGCUACAGACUCUCCAACUAACUUCCUCUUUUGGGAAAUUUGGAAGAUGUUAGUGUUUUUACAUAGGGAUGGCAAAUAGUUGCAGAAGUGUUAUAGUUUUGUGCAAGAUAGGAGAUAGUAAAUUUAGUUAUGAAACCAUAUUGCCAUGCUCAUCUUCUCAGUAAAGCCUUUGAGAUACUGAGAACUGUGUGUUCCCUACACACCACAGGAUGGCAGUGAUGGUGUCUUUGAGCUCCUACCUGUUCAUACGCGCGCACACACACACACACACACACACACACACUCUUCUCUGUAAAAGAAUUUAAUUUAGACAGACUGCUGUAAAGUUUUGUAUGUUAACUGCUGUAUGGUGGAUGCAUAAAGCUGUUAUAAACAAAACCUAUUAAACUUAAUUUGCUUAUGAAA